AUGGCCACUCUCUUCUCUGUCCCGAUCACCUCGACUGGAGGCACCAUCGUGUGCACCAAUCCAACUGCCAAACAGGGCAAGGAGCAGGAAAAUAUCUACGUCCUGACUUUCACGUCUCCCAAGGAUAACAGAUUGACACCAACCUUUAUCGAUGCCUUUAUCCUGGCACUGGACAUUAUUGAGCACCGCUACCCUAAAGGUGUCGUGGUGACGACCAGCGGUAUCCCAAAGUUCUAUAGCAAUGGUCUCGACUUGGACCUCGCAACCAGCACAGAAGGAUUCUUGGACAAAUGGCUGUGGCGUUUGUUCCGACGAUUCCUGACAUACCCCAUGCCCACGGUGUGCCUCCUGAAUGGACACGCCUUUGCCGCGGGCUUCAUGUUCGCCAUGUAUCACGACUAUCGUAUUCAGAACCCCGAUAAGGGCUUCUUGUGUGUCAAUGAGCUGGAAUUCGGAGUCCCUUUGCAAACGCCAAUGAUGUCAAUUUUCCGGGAGAAGCUGGCCCCGACCACGUUCCGGAGCGUCGUCCUCGAGGCACGCCGGUUCGGCGGGCACGACUCCUUGAAGGCGGGAAUUGUCGAUGCAGUGGGUGGUUUAGAUGAGGUUAUUGGAUUGAUUCGCGAACGCAAACUGCUCAACAAGGCGGCAACCGGGAUCUAUGGCACUAUGAAGGAGGAGAUGUACGCGCGUGUUCUUAAUGGGCUUGACGAUCAUGACGGAAAUCUGGCAUGGCGGGAGAAGGUGGAAGACAGGAAUGAACAGUUGCGAGGUGAGGGUCUGAAGGAAGUUGAAAAGUGGGAGAAAUCGUGCAAGUCAAAGCUGUGA